AGUUUUCUUUAUUACUACGUCCUUCGAGGCCGGGAGCAAUUCUCCUAAAAAGUCUCGCAUAUCUUGAAAGGCGCUCCAGGGUUCCAGUUUCUCUCCAAUGUGGGGAUAUCCGGACAACCGAGGUUGCGAGGAAGGACCCAGGAGCGAGGGUCUUCUGUGGCCCAGAGCAGCCCCCACAGAUGCAAGGAUUUCUGGGUCACUAGGUCAUUGGAAGCCCGCGAGGAUUGGAUUUGUCACCCCCUGACUUGCGAAGCCUGCAAGGUAGAAGGUUUAGAGGGCUCAGGCUUCCAAUUUCGAUCAUAGUUUGAAUGUCUCUAAGACCAGAAAGUAUCUGUGUCGUAUAGGCAGUUCAGCCUGUGUCUAAACACUGGGAGAGGAUUCAAACCGAGGUAUAUCAAUUUGAGAGUUGAGAGCUUGAGGUGGUGGCUCAGAUCCGUAAUCCCAGGACACCAGAGAGUGAGGCAGGAGAAUUGCUGUAAGUUCGAGACCAGUUCUGUGCAGAUCUUCCCAAGAUUGUCUUGGCUUGAAAAACACAAAAAAAUGAAUGAUUCUCAGCCUUCCAAAUGCUGAAAUUACAGAUGUGAGCCACCUCCAGCUUCAGUAGCAUCUUUAUACAUACAGGGGAGAGUGACCUUCGAGGACGUCACUGUGAACUUCACCCCAGAGGAGUGGCAAGGACUGAAUCCUGAACAGAGAAACCUGUACAAGGAUGUGAUGUUGGAGAACUACAGCAACCUGGUCUCUGUGGGUGAGGACGGCUCUGUGGAAAAAGUCCAAGAUGUUAAAAGGCAGGUUGGGACUCCCAUGGAUGUGGAGAAGAGUCUCAAGAGAGGAGUUGCAUCAAUCCACUGGAGAACAUUGACUAAGCAAAAAGGCAUUGCACCUGAAGAAAUGUUUCUCCCAAGCAAUGUCCAUGUUCCUUCAAGAUUCAGGCUUUCAGAGCGUCAUUUAUUUGGAAGGCAUUUGAGACAUAGUUUAGAUAUGAAACACUGUGUAAAAAACAAUUCUCAUGAAUAUAGAAAACCAAUUGGCCAUAAUUCAUGCAAAUCUAUGGAAAUGCAGUUUGAAUGUAAUGCCUGUGGGAAGGUGCUUAGUUCAAAGCCACGCCUUCAGAGACAUAUGAGGAUCCAUGAUAGGGAGAAAUCCUUUAAGUGCAAUAAAUGUGGAAGAGCAUUCAAAAUGCUCUGGAACCUGAACAAACAUCAGAAAACUCAUCCAGAGAGAAAAGUCUAUAAUUGUGAUGUAUGUGGAAAGGCCUACAGGCAGAAGACCAAUCUCAUUCAACACCAGAAGAUUCAUACAAAAGAGAAACCCUAUAAAUGCCAGGCAUGUGGUAAAGCCUUUUGCUGGGUAUCAUCUCUCAGUAAUCAUAAGAAAAUUCACAAGGAUGAGAAAGCCUAUGAGUGCAACGUGUGCGGCAAGUCCUUCAAACAAAACUCAACCUUUAGUCAGCAUAAGAACACUCACAAGGAACAAAAGCCUUACAGAUGUAAGGACUGUACAAAAUCUUUCAUUUGCAAGUCUGCUCUUGUGAAACAUCAGAGAACACACACGGGAGAGAAGCCCUACAAAUGUAGGCUCUGUGAGAAGGCUUUUGCUCAGAAAGCAAAUGCCAUUGAUCAUGAGAGAAUCCAUGCUGGGGUAAGGGCUUAUGAGUGUAAUCUAUGUGACAGGUCUUUUGUCCAGAAGAAAAACCUUACUCAACAUAAAAAAGUCCACACCAGAGAAAAAUCCUAUGAAUGUGAUAGAUGUGGGAAAGCCUUCUCUCUGAAGUCAAACCUCCAUGUCCAUCAGAAAAUUCACAGCGGAGAGAGAGCCUACACAUGUAAUGAAUGUGGGAAAUCCUUCAGCCGGAAGGAACACCUUGAUUUUCAUAAGAAGCUCCAUACAGGGAAAAAACCUUAUAAAUGUUCUGAGUGUGGAAAAGCUUUUGCUGACAAGACAUAUCUUGAUGGGCACCAGAAAAGAAUUCACAACAGAUAGGAACCUCGGGUACUUUUAAAAUGUGGGAAAGUCUUCAUUUAUAGUAUAAUAUGGAGUAGUCACUCCCAAAUGGCCUACAAUUUGGAGUCUAUCACUAAGAACAUGGAAGACUUAAACUCAUUGUGUCUAUCCUUUGAGGAUUGGUUUAGCUUAUUAAUUUAUAAAUAUUUAUUUAUUUUGCUUAUUUAUGUGCCCGUGUUUGUGUCAUGUAUGUGCAGGUGUCCAAGGAGCCCAGAAGAGGGCAUCAGAUCCCCUGAACCUAGAGUUACAGGUAGCCAUGAGACACCUAACUUCAGUACUGCGAACCGAACUGCAGUCCCCUGAGAAGCAGCAAGCACUCCUAAUCAUGGAUCCAUCUCUCCAGCCCCCUGGAUUGGUAUUUUUUGAGAUGGAGUCUUGUUAUAUUGCCCAGGCAAUAUUGAACUUCUGGGCUCAAGUGAUCCUCUUGCCUUAACCUCCUGGGUAGCUGGGAUUACAGGUGCAUGCCACCCUGUCUGCCACUCAGUGAAUAUUUAUAAAGUGCCUUUUAACCAACAUGACUCCUUAGAUAGCAGUGAACCAAAUGUGUCCAAAGCUUUCAUGGGGUUUUAGUCUAGUGAAUAAUAACCAGUGUUAAUCAUUAUUUUGAAAAAUACUUUGAAUAACAAGGGACAAUCUAUAUCAGAAAAUGUAACAAUAUCCUGUUGCUUGAUAUGUGCCAUGUUGGUUAUAUGUUUUAUUUGGAACUGUUUUUGUUAAGUAAGUAGAAACACUGGAAAUCCAAAUGAUGUAGUAAAUAAGUCUCUGUGUGUGUGUGUGUGUGUGUGUGCAUGGUACUGGGAUGGAACCUAGGGUCCAUGUAUGAGAGUCAAUCACUCUUCCACUGAGCUACAGCUUCAACCCAAUACCUUAGAAGACAUAUACAUUGUUGGAAAGGAAGCAUGUAAUGGCACACGCCUGUAAUCCCAGCACUUGGGAGGUGGAGACAGGAGGAUCAGGAGUUCCAGGCCAGCUUAAGGCCAGCAAGAUGGCUUACUGGGUAAAGGUUCUUGCUGCCAAAGCUGAUGACCUGAGUUCAAUCCCUGGGACCCAUGUGGUAGAAGAGAACUGAUCACUGCAAAUUGUCUUCCAACCUCACCUAUGCGUUCUACACGCAUGCCCACACACAUACAUCCAGUUAAAGAAAGGGGAGGGAUGGGGGCUUGUCACAUGGCUCAGCAGUUAAGAGUAUUUGCUGCUCUUCCAGAGGACCUGAGUUUGGUUCCCAUUACUCACAUGGGGAAGUUCAUAAACACCUGUAACUCCAGCUCCAGCGGAAUCUGACACCCUCUUUUGGCCUUAUGGGCACCUGUACUUACAUGCACAUACGCAUAAUUAAAAAUAAUAAAAAUCACUUUUUUAAAGUUGGGAAAGGAAGAAACAUGUUUUUCUUCUCUUUUUAUUGUUUUUCUGACUUUAUGUCUCUGACCCUCUCCACAUCACUUGAUAUUUCAAAAG